AUGGCGCGCCGCCAACAGUACGUCGGCAAGGGCGCAUUCCCGUUCGAAAAGCUGCCUGCAGAGUUGCGGAUCAGAAUCUCUGAAUUCUACUUCGAGACCGGCGAAAUCAUCGACAUCCAGCGCAAACGCAAAAUCACUGGCCACUACACCAGCGCAGUCAAGGGUCCGUGGAAGGUACGGGGCUACAAGCAUGUGGAGAUCAAGUCACGUACACCACGAGGAGCGCCAAAACGCAGGGCUAAAGCCUAUCUACCACAGAACGGUACAGCGCUACUGCGAGUCAGUAGGGAGAUCCUCAAGGACGCCCGACCUGUGCUUUAUGGGAAAACCGUCUUUCAGUGCUGCUUCCAGAAAGCAUUCUCGAUGUUCAUGCAGGGUUCUGCUAGAGCGUCCGACGUUCUGCGUCCCUUGAUCGGAUCAGCCUUGCGCAUCCUCGCAAACGUACCGAACAAGAUCGUUCAUAUCGAGGUCAUCUGGCACGAUGAGCAUUCAUGCCCCGAUCCAAAGGUCACAGCUCAGUCGAUCAAGGACUGGUUGGCCGACGCAGUCCAAAAAUCUGGACCUCGGUCCUACUCUACGGUCACGGAAAUGUUUGCACAUGUCGUGUUUGAUUUCGACUUUGUAUAUGCUCACGAUUGUGGCGGAAGGUGCUCCUCCAUGGAGGCCGCGGCCAAGGCUGAUCGGAAGCGCGUGCUCCUGGCAGCAACAAGAAAGCUGAUAGCUGAGACCCUUGACGAUGAUUUUGUCGACGGGCCAUUGACACCGGAGACGUUGAAGGCCGCACGUAUAGCCGACCGACUGCUUGGAAUCUAA